CCAUAUUCCUACGCCUACGACACGUACGUCGUCUCCCAAGAACAAACGACACAAGGCUUUGAAUACUAAUACUUUGUUGAACCGUCAUCAUCAGCGCACAUUUCUGAGUUAAUUCUAACGUUUACAUUUCCAAAAUGUCGACUCGCAUUCCUCUUCUUUUUGGCACAAUGACUAUGGGGUUCGAGGGCACGAACGGAGUGAGGACGACCAGCGAGAAGGACUGUCAGGAAAUUCUAGACAUCUUCUUCAGCCAUGGUCAUACUGAAGUGGACACGGCACGCAUAUAUGCCGAGGGCACCACUGAACAGAUCCUGGCCAAACUCGAUUUGAAGAACGCGACGAUCGACACGAAAGUGUACCCUGUCACUCCUGGAGAUCACAGCCCGCAGACACUGCGGUCCAUUUUCCUCACGUCCCUUAAAUCUCUGAAGCGCGACAAAGUCCGGGUCUUGUAUUUGCACGCUCCCGAUCGUAGUGUUCCCUUUGAGGACACUGCACGCGAGAUCAACAAGCUCUACAUGGAGGGCCGUUUCGAGAUAUUUGGUCUGAGUAACUUUGCAGCUUGGGAGGUUGCAGAAGUUGUCGGGAUUUGCAAAGCGAACGGUUAUGUGUUGCCAAAGAUCUAUCAGGUGAUGUACAACGCGAUCACCCGGGAGAUGGAGCCUGAGCUCCUUGCUUGCUGCCGGAAAUAUGGUAUGCGGCUCGUCAGUUACAACCCAUUAGCUGGCGGUCUUUUUGCCGGUAAGGUGCUUUCCACCGAGGAGGUAGCUCCCCAGGGUGGUCGCUUUGACCCGAAGUCGAAGAUGGGCCAGAUGUACCGAGCACGGUACCUUACGGAUGGGUACCUCAAGGCUCUCGAGGUUGUUAAAGCCGCUGCCGACGAACACGGUCUUCGUCUCACAGAGAUUGCCCUUCGUUGGUGCCAGCAUCAUUCUUUACUGACGCCGGAAGACGGAAUUAUCCUAGGCGCUAGCAGUGCAGCGCAAUUAGAGCAAAAUUGUGUUGACUCGGAGAAGGGACCCCUCCCACAGGAUGUUGUUGAUGCCCUUGACGAGGCUUGCAGGAUCGUGAAGGCCCAUGGAAGUACCCCGUUAUACUGGCGUUGAGGGCUCUUGCCGUCGAGGCAUAGUCAACAUCGUAGUAAAUGUAAUGACAUGUAAAAUCGAUGCCAACGAGAACAGCACGAAGUACAUAACCUGGCCGAUUUUCAGUGAUGAGCGAGAGAAAAU